AUGGGCAACUUUGACCCUCCACCGUCAUAUACUCCCACUGCUGCGCCAGCUGAGUAUGCGGUUUCUGCCGAACCCGGACACCACGAGCAACAAGGCAGCGGCCUACAGAAGCUUACCAUCUCCAAUGAUGUUCAUAACAAGACAUCUGGUGGCAAUAGGCCCGGUGGUCAUAGCCAGACCCUGAAGGGUCCGCAUGGUCCGGAAGCGGACAGCAGAACAUCGACGUCAGAGGUAGGAUGGGUUUCCAAGAACAUGACUGCCAAGAGGCGUCUCUCCAAGGUGCUGCAACUGGGCAGUCCAGUCAACUCCCACUCCAAACUCAAACUGUGGAUGCACGACCACAACAAUGCAAUGAUCUGGGAUUAG